ACAAAGGAGUUACACUGGGGCUCAUUCCAAACAAUAGAAAUGAUUGCCUUCAUUGUCUUGCUAAGUGUUGCUGCAGUGCUGCAACAGUCUUCUGGAGAUGUUGAUUUUGAUCCUGAGUCAAGUAACAAAAGACAAAGCCAAAGGGAGAUUGUUGAAAAGCACAAUGCUUUAAGAAGAUCAGUGAGACCAACUGCUAGCAACAUGUUACAAAUGGAAUGGAAUUCUAAUGCUGCUCAAAAUGCAAAACGUUGGGCAGAUAGAUGUACUUUCGCUCACAGUCCAGGACACUUAAGAACUGUUGGAAGAUUAGGAUGUGGUGAAAAUCUAUUCAUGUCAAGUCAUCCUUAUUCAUGGACUAGAGUAAUUCAGUCUUGGUAUGAUGAAUACAAAAAUUUCAGAUAUGGCGUUGGAGCAAACCCACCAGGUUCUGUUAUUGGCCAUUUUACUCAGAUAGUUUGGUACAAUAGUUACCUUGUUGGUUGUGCAGCUGCCAGAUGUUCUUCAUCCAGAUUUAAAUACUUCUAUGUUUGUCAAUACUGCCCAGCAGGGAACAUCAUAGGUUCAAUUGCUACUCCAUAUAAAUCAGGGCCACCUUGUGGGGACUGUCCUUCAGCUUGUGUCAACGGACUAUGCACAAAUCCUUGCAAACAUACAAACACGUUCAACAACUGCAAAUCUUUAGCAGCACAAAAUGGAUGCCAGAGUAAUUGGAUGAAGUCAAACUGUGCUGCUUCUUGCUUCUGCCGCACUGAAAUAAUAUAG